GGCAUAUCACACCACAGCAUCUGGAAUGAAACAGUUUGCUCGCUGACAUCAUAACGACCACUGAUGUAAUGGCUGUAAUGGAAAUAGUCAAUUAACACUGGGGCCCUAGGACAUGUAUGACUUUUCCAUUAGUUAUCGAUCAUCAAAAAAUAUUCGAAAGAAGAUUUAUUCAAUUUUAAAGAUGACAAAAUAUUUGGCUUUAUUUCUACUUGGAGGUAUGUGGUGUUCAACGUUUUGGUUGAAGUAUCACAUCUUGAAACAUCCAAGUAAACAUACAAAGCAUCCAAAUAAAAUAACAACAACAACAUCAACAACACCACCAACAACAGAACCUCCCACAACAGAACCUCCCACAACAGAACCUCCCACUACAGAACCUCCAACAACAGAACCUCCAACAACUACAACCUCAACACACCCCCCUCCAACUCAUCCUCCUACAACACACCCCCCUCCAACUCAUCCCCCUCCAACACAUCCCCCUCCAACUCAUCCCCCUCCAACACAUCCCCCUCCAACUCAUCCCCCUCCAACACAUCCCCCUCCAACACAUCCUCCUCCAACACAUCCUCCUCCAACACAUCCCCCUCCAACUCAUCCUCCUCCAACUCAUCCUCCUCCAUCCAACGCAUCCCCCUCCAACUCACCCCCCUCCAACACGUCCUCCUCCAACACAUCCCCCUCCAACUCAUCCUCCUCCAACACACCCCCCUCCACCAACAAUUCCACUUCACCGCCCUCCUCCAACAACGCCACUUCCAACACACCCCCCUCCACCUCCUCCUCCGCCACCAACAAUUCCAUGUCCACUUCACCCUCCUGCUCCAACAACACCACCUCCUACACACCCCCCUCCACUAACAACAUUACCUCCACCAACAAAAUGUCCAUGUCCAUUUCACCCCCCUCCUCCAACACACCCCCCUCCACCAACAACAUUACCUCCACCUCCUCCUCCACCACCAACAAUUCCAUGUCCACUUUACCCCCCUCCUCCAACAACACCACCAUGCCCACCUCCACCACCACCACCAUGCCCACCUCCACCACCAAGGCCAACUCAACCUCCACCACCCUGUUAUACCACAACUGUUCCUCCCAUUAUUGUCACAACUCCUGUUCCUACCACCCCUCCACCACCUCCACCACCUCCACCACCUCCACCACCUCCACCACCACCACCACCACCUCCUCCCCCUCCCCCUCCUACUACUACAACUCCAUCCCCCUGUUCCCAGAACAAUGGGUGCCCCAAGCCUGCCGCCCCUGUUUGUACACAGUGCAUUUUGUUUACAGGGAAAUAAACCUUUAGUUUAUAUUACUAGCCUGUGACUUGUGAUAAUUGCUUAAGUAGCUAGGGUAGUUUUUGAAUGUCAAGAGGCAAUGAAUGUUUGAACAAAUGAUUACAACUUUAUGCAAUGCCUUUGUGAGUUUAUGGACUGCCGGUGGCUAAAUGAUAUGUUAUUUUAAGAUUUUGAUACUUUACAUAAUUACUUUGUAUUUAUGUUUUAAGAGUAAUAAUAGAUAAUGGGCGUAUAAGUAAAUAUUCAAUACAUGCAGGCAGCAUAAUCCUUUACAGAUUUUAUA